UGUGUCGCAGGUGCUGUGAUCAGUGUAUUCGUGGCUCUUGCGCUGGGCUCUCCAGUUCCUCCACACACACAGCAGUGUGAAUGCAGCGCCGCUGCCAGAUCUCUGCUCUCCAGCGUCUCACACAUCAUGAAAAAGGAGGGGAAGAUGGAGCACAGGGAUCUGUUUUCUGGCUUUAACUGCACGGAUCUGGAGGCUCAGAUGAUUCCUCACACUCUCACAGCGUCUGUCUGUCAGCCCAACGCCUCCGAUGACAAAGCGUCCUGCUCCAGCCACAGGAACUCGUCUUUCAGUGAGACGGACUGUCUGAAGAACAUCAGAGCCGAUCUGCGCUAUUACGCCGUGAUGCUGGACUCCUACAAGCUCAAUGAGAUUGAUCUGAAUCCAGUGAAGACGGCCACCAAAGCCCUGAUGGAUUGUUUGAAUGAGAACUGUGAGGCUGCGGAUGGAGAGUUUCCUCAGUGGCGCGUCUGGAACGGCUCGUCCUUCAAUAACCGCCUGUCGCUGUGCAAAACGCUGAAGGGCUUUCACAUCCGGGCCAUCACUGUGAACCGGGCGCUGGGCUACAUCGGCUCUGGAGAGCACAGGAAAUGAUGUCAUUCACUACAGCGCUGGGUCACCUUCAUCGGCUGACGCCUGUCAGUCACACAUAAGCUGAAUAUUUAUGUUCAUCACUCAAUCUAUUUAUUUGUUUUGAGAAAUUAUUUAUUUAUGUGUAUGUAAUACAUUAUUUAUUAACUAUUUAUUAAAAUAUUUGUGCACCAAAAAUGUAUUUUGUGUUUGUGUGGAUGAUUCCCAAGAAGUCAAGUCACCUUUAUUUAUAUAGCACUUUUAACAAUACAGAUUGUGUCAAAGCUGCUUUACAGCAUCAAAUAGGAAAUCGUGUGUCAAUAAUGGACAAGGACAAUAGUAAACACUCAAUUUUCAGUUAAAGGCAUUUCAUUAUUGAAUUCAGUGAUGUCAUCGUCCAGCUCAGUUCAGUUUAAAUAGUAUCUGUGCAAUCAAGUUGACGAUAUCACUGGAAAUUAAGUGUCCCCAACUAAUCAAGCCAGAGGCGACAGCAGCAAGGAACCAAAACUCCAUCCGUGACAGAAUGGAGGAAAAAACCUUGGGAGAAACCCAGUCGGGGGUCAGUUCUCCUCUGACCAGACGAAACAGCAGUUAAAUUCUAGGCUGCAGCAAAGUCAGAUUGUGCAGAGGACUCAUCUGGUUCCCGAGGUCUUGUCCCGAUGGCCGUCUAGGUGACGAUGUCUUCACUGGGGAUCUGUCUCUGGGGCUCAUCUAGGUGUCCUGGGGUCUCAUUUAUAAAAUGUUGUGCCGAAACCAUCCUAAAAUUGAUCUUACGAUCAUUUCUCAAAUAUGCGUACAUGUGAUUCAUAAAAUGAACGUACGUACAGAAAAUGCAAGUACACGCGUACUCUUUCAGAUCACAAACGAAUCACAAAUGAUCUUGAACUUGUGCGCAACUGAAUGAUUUCAGAUCACCAGUCACCGUCCAAAUACUUUAAUUUAGAACAGCGAGCUGCAAGAACAGCUUACAUUUUUCAAAAACCUGCAGUACUCCGACAAUAAAAAGUGCGUACGUCUGCUCAGACACUGACGUGACGCUAAGCACUUUUCCACGUCAAAGACAGUUUUUACAAAUAUGAGCGUUGGAGUGGAUUUAAGCGCACACGCACACUCGAGAUCAAAUCUGUCCAUAUGCACACUUUAAAAAUGAGGCCCCAUGUGUGCAGUUUAUUUUAAGGGUCCAUAAUUAUGUAGUAGUUAAGCAUCAGAAUCAGAAUCAGAAUGAGCUUUAUGGCCAGGUAUGUUUACACAUACGAGCAAUUUGUUUUCGUGGCAGAAGCUUCCACAGUGCAACAGAAUGACAGCGACAAGACAAAAAACAGAUAAACACAAAUAAGUAAAUAGGGAAUAACAAUAUACAAAGUGACAAUUUGUAUGUACAGGUAUAUUAAAAAUAGACAAUUUUGUAUGGACAUGUAUAUUAUGUGCAAAUUUGA